AUGACUCAUCCAGUUGCCUUGACAGCAACAACAUCAUAUAGAAUAGCUGCACGGUAUUUCUCAACUUCUUAUGUACUAUGCGGUAGAAAGCCAAAUAUACAGAGACCAAGAAUCCCUGGAACAGAAAGGCGAAUAUUAGAUGCAGUAACGGUGCCUGUAUUACCUCCUGACACGAGACCACUGCCCCAACAAUGUUUUGAUGCCCUUGAACUCAAGAGACAGGCUAACACUUCAGAGUUGGGUGCAGCUUACCUGGCAUUUCGCCUCCAGCAGGCAAUAAAAAUGUUCAACGAGAACACCAUGGUGGUCAUUUGCCAUAAUAUUCCCCUGAUACCGCGUGACGCUUUCAGAGUCAAGGCCAAGAUUGUGACAGCUGGCAUGAAGAUUAUGUUUGCCAGGAACGACAUAGCACAGAAAGCCAUCGCAGGCACACGACUGAGGAAUCUUGAGCCAUUUCUUGUUUCAGAUAAUGUGUACAUUGUCAGUGACAAAAACCUGAUUCCUGAACUUGUUGCUUUACUGAAGAAGACACCAGAAUUGCAGCUUUUAGGUGGACUUGUUGAAGACCACAUCUUGUCCCGCGAUGAUAUAUUGAAUCUGGCGAAACUACCGCCCCUGGACAUCAUGCGAGGAGAACUGUUGAGCAUACUUUCUGCAUCGGCCAGCACCACGUCACGUCACCUCAGUGCACAUCAGGAGGAACUCUCUAAUAACCUAGAUCAGUUAGUUAAGCAAAGCGGGGAUUCAGGGGAAAAAUAG